GAUGGUGCUGCUUUUCAAACUUCCUCUGAUUGUCUAUGUACUCCACCCCGCGUUCCCCUCUCCACUUUUUGUUAUUUAUUUGUCAAACAGCUGAUUGUUUCAUAGAAUCGCGAUGAAUUUCUAGAAUUGACUUGAAUAAAUACGAUAUAAUUAACGAAGAUGGACGUGGUAGGUCUUUUGAACAAUAUUAACGACAAUUCGAACAUGUUUGCGGUGAAAACAUGGACGUCCGAGUGGUCUAACAAUUUUCAAGACAACCAAUUGCUGUGGUCUAUUUGCGGUUGUCUUCUCGUAUCCUUAGUGGUCGUAUUUUUCUACUAUUAUAGACGAUGGAGGUCGAAAGAAAUGGCAGGAGCGACUGGCGGAGCCGGGGCCACAGGGGACGCAGUAAAGAGGUUCCGCAAACGAGACAAGAUGCUAUUCUACGGUCGAAGGAUGUUGAGGAAGGUCAAGUCCAUCUCCAACUCGGGCCAGGGGCGCAAGAGACGCGCUGUCAUGAGGUUCGCUAGGAAACUCCUGCAGCUGAAGAAGGAAACUGCUCCGGAACAAUUGAAGGUACUGGAGCCCCCAGCAGAGUACUUAGAAGAAGACUUAACCAGUGACGACAGGGUCCCCCCAGAUGCACUCUACAUGCUACACAGCAUCAGGGUGUUCGGACACUUCGAGAAGCCGGUAUUCCUCAUGCUCUGUAAGCAUACGGAGAUCCUCAACCUGCCCGCUGGUGCUUUCUUGUUUAAAGUUGGUGACACAGAUGAGAACGUAUACGUUGUCCAAAACGGGCGAGUGAACGUCUACAUAACGAACCAGGACGGCAGCAGUUUGUCCCUGAAGGUGGUCCGCGCCGGCGAGAGCGUCACCUCGCUGCUCAGCUUCACUGACGUGCUCACUGGCCACUCUCAACCGUACAAGACUGUGAACGCGAAGGCUCUAGAAGACUCCCAAGUGAUCAAGCUGCCGAUGAGGGCUUUCCAAGAAGUCUUCAAAGAGUACCCUGAUAUAUUCGUCAGGGUUAUACAGAUCAUUAUGGUGCGUCUUCAAAGGGUGACAUUCACUGCUUUACAUCAGUACCUUGGAUUGAGUGCCGAGUUGGUUAACCCUGGUCGCGAGAAACGUCGUCCAAAUACAGUGGCGUCCUCUCCCGGCAAGACCGCCAAGAUGACUAACGUCGAAAGCGGAGCGAACAUGCAUUCCCCCCACCACAGCGAACGAGCUAUGUCUGAGCACUUGGAGAGCAACCACGCGUCGUCUUCGCCCAUACACAUACAGGGGCGGCGACAGAAGCCCGACAUGGUACCUGAUAUCGCCUCCAAUACGCCGCAGCAGCAACCCGACGUGCAGCCGACGCCGUCGCUACAGAGGGCGCGGGAGGGAAACUCCUUCAAGAAGCAUAACACUGAUAACCUUGAUGAACAGGCGUUAAUUCAAAUAGCUACAGAAGCAUUUGUCAAGGAAUUGGGUCUGGAUUCGGAUACAGUUUUGCGUGGCAACGUGCAAGUCAGAGACCUACCCGCGGGGACUUAUAUCAUGAAGGAAGAGAGUCACAAGGAUGUGGCACUGGUGUACUUGCUGUCUGGCGCUCUGUUGGUAUCCCAGAGAGUGGCGGAAGGAGAAGGGGAAGUUCAUAUGUUCACUGCUUAUCCAGGUGAAGUGGAAGGCGGUCUCGCCGUACUAACAGGCGAACCCAGCUUCUUCUCCAUUCGCGCAAAACACUUCUCCCGCAUCGGGUUACUAUCCAAGACCACAGUAUACAGCAUCAUGAGGGAACGGCCUUCAGUGGUCUUGCAUAUCGCCAACACUGUGGUCAGGAGGCUGUCGCCUUUUGUAAGACAAGUCGACUUCGCGUUGGACUGGGUAUUCCUCGAAUCAGGCCGCGCCGUCUACCGCCAAGACGAGGAGUCCGGAUCCACAUUCAUAGUCUUGUCCGGUCGACUCCGAUCCGUGAUCACCCAUCCCAAUGGAAAAAAGGAACUUGUCGGUGAAUACGGCAAGGGCGAUCUGGUCGGUAUUGUGGAAAUGGUCACACAAACUAGAAGAAGUACCACAGUAAUGGCGGUCAGAGAUUCGGAGCUGGCGAAACUUCCAGAAGGAUUGUUCAAUGCGAUCAAACUGAGGUUUCCUGUUGUGGUGACGAGGCUGAUUAACUUGUUGGGGCAUAGGAUUUUGGGAUCCUGGCAGAAACCAACAGCAGGUCUUGGAGGCGCGGCUGCUAUAGAGCCUCGUCCGUCGCAGCACAACUUCUCCACCGUGGCGGUGGUGCCCGUCAGCGAUGACGUGCCGCUCACCGCCUUCACCUACGAGCUGUACCACUCGCUGUCUGCUAUCGGACCCACAGUGCGUCUAACAUCAGACGUGAUCAGAAAGCUUCUGGGUUUGACUAUCAUGGACCCUAACAAUGAGUACAGACUCAGCUCUUGGCUCGCUCAGCAAGAAGAUAAGCAUAAGGUGGCAUUAUACCAGUGCGACCCCAGUCUCACACAGUGGACACAGAGGUGCAUCCGUCAGGCUGACUGUAUCCUCAUUGUCGCUUUAGGAGACAAGCAACCUAGUAUUGGCAAGAUCGAAAAAGAAAUCGAGCGUCUAGCCAUCCGUACACAGAAGGAGCUAGUCCUACUUCACCGUGAAGGUGGUGCCAACCCGUCAGGCACGGUGCACUGGCUCAACAUGAGGACGUGGGUCAGCCAGCACCACCACGUGCGAUGCCCGCAUCGCAUGUUCACCAGGAAGUCGCAGUACCGGAUUAGCGAGUUAUACAGCAAAGUGCUGAUGUCCGAAGCUUCAGUCCACUCGGACUUCUCCCGCCUGGCGCGGUGGCUGACGGGCACUUCAGUGGGGCUGGUGCUGGGCGGCGGCGGGGCUCGCGGCGCUGCGCAUGUCGGCAUGGUGCGGGCCAUACAGGAAGCGGGUAUCCCCAUAGACAUGGUGGGCGGCGUGAGCAUCGGCGCGUUCAUGGGAGCGCUGUGGUGCAUGGAGAGGAACAUUACCACCGUCACGCAGAAGGCUAGGGAGUGGUCACAGAAAAUGACCCAAUGGGGUAAACAGCUACUCGACCUCACGUACCCAGCCACAUCAAUGUUCUCCGGUCGUCAAUUCAACGCGACCAUACGUUCUACCUUCGGGGACGUUCACAUUGAAGAUCUAUGGCUCCCAUACUUUACGGUCACUACGGAUAUUAGCUCGUCUUGUAUGAGGGUGCAUCGACACGGUUCGCUCUGGCGUUACAUUCGCGCGUCGAUGUCGCUGAGCGGCUACAUGCCGCCGCUCUGCGACCCCGUAGACGGCCACCUCCUAUUGGACGGCGGUUACGUCAACAACCUCCCAGCGGACGUGAUGAGGUCUUUGGGAGCGAAACACAUCCUGGCCAUUGAUGUGGGUUCACAAGACGAUACUGAUCUCACCAACUACGGCGACGACUUGUCCGGCUGGUGGCUAUUGUGGAAACGAUGGAAUCCCUUCACAACGCCUGUGAAAGUACCAAACUUGCCAGAUAUUCAGAGCCGAUUGGCCUAUGUGUCUUGUAAUAGACAACUAGAGGAGGUAAAGAAAUCCGACUACUGCGAAUACAUACGUCCUCCCAUCGACGCAUACAAGACCCUACAAUUCGGUUCUUUCGACGAGAUCCGUGAGGUUGGCUACCGUCACGGCGCCGCAUACUUCGAGGGUCAGCGCCGAGGUGGCGGUGGCGGCGUCAGCGGCGCUGCGGCUGAAGGCAGAAGACACGAUGCCCAACCCUCGUUGACCGAUUACACAUUCACGGACUUAGCUCAGAUGGUGUGCUCGGUGAGAACAGCUCGCGACAUGGAGAACGAUUCCUCUUCAUCAUCAGACUAUGAGGAAGAUCAGCGCCAUUUCGAAGGAUACGCGUCGGAGCCCAGCGCUGGGAUACUCGAGGAGGGUUUACGCACCCGUCGUGUAGGAGGUUCCCUGUCCCUUUCAGAAGAUGAAAUAGAUUCUGAAGCUGAAGUGUACGACCCUCUGAACAAGCGCGGCGGCGGCAGGUGAGACCCGACGCUGCACGAUCUGUGCAAGGCGCUCUACGAGUACUCGCAGUACCUCGACACCACUGACUAGUUAUAACCGUAGUGUUUGUGUUAUAACGGCCAUGUGUUGUGUUAUUACGGCUAUGUGUUGUGUUAUAACGGCUACGUUAUGUGUUAUAACCGAAGAAGAUGUGUUAUAUGCUAUAACUGCGCAGGACGACACAUUUCAUUAUGUUAUAUCGAGUUUUUAGGACUAUUCGUGGAUAUUAAAGUGGCAUUAUGGCUAUCCUAAAUUGUAUUUGAUAAUGUAAAUGAUAAUUGAUAGGAGACUUGAUAUUCUGUUUUUUUUUUAUUUGGAUAAAAAUGCUGUUUUUCAAUGUUGUGAUAUUAUAACUAAUUAGCAGAUGAUGAUGAUUUUGGUAUGUGUAAAUAAUCAAAAGACAAUUGCUUUUUAAAAGUUUUGUGUAGUGGGUUGGACUCGUAAUUAAAUUUUAAAUGUGGAUGUUUUUUUCCAAAUUGGGGGUGUUUAUAAGCGGAGAGAAUAAUCAACCAAUAGAAUUAAG